AUGACAGCAUGGUAUUCUUCAUUAAGUACAUGGUGUACUUUAGUAUUGUGUAUAGUUUGGGGUGGUAUUUUAAUGGGGUUUAGUUUACAUUCCUGGCAAUACACCGAAUUUUAUGAAGUUGUUUUAACAUGGAUAGAUGUAGUGAUGAUAGGAGCACUCUAUUGUUCUGUUCUUCAUAUAGUCAUUGGAGUCGUUUCGAUCAUUCUCUUUGCGUUAACAGUGAAAUUAGUUAUCCAGUGUAGUUCAUGUAUCUGUUGUUGUUGUUCGUGUUGUCACUGUUUAUUGUUUUUUGUCUUAGGCGUACUUAUUUUAACUUUUGGUUUACAUAACGAUAAUUCUCUCACCCAAUUCAAUAAAGAGCAAAUCGAUGUGAUCGAGACAGACUUUAAAUGUUGUGUGUGUCUCAGUACCAACACUGGAUGUCUUGAUUGCAACGGUGGUGUAUCUUUAACGAAGUCUGACUGUGAUGAUGUGUAUUUGGAUCGUGUUCGAGUCAUUUAUAAAGUCGUUGGGUCACUUAUUCUCGUGUCUUCAUUUUCUUUUCUCAUUUACUCAACAACUGAUAUGGAAUCGACUCUUCGGAAAAAAGAAGGAGAUUUGGAUAACUACCAUCUCCUCCAUUAA